AUGUCCGCUGAGGCUGAUAUUCAGCUCCCCCGCCGGAGUGCUUCUGCCACGUCGCUCCCCGGGCUUGAGGGAGCAGCCGACGAGAGUGCCACCGUCCAGGAAAUCAGAAAUGAACUGGAGUUUGCGCAGUGGUAUGACACCGCUGGAGUUGAAUUGCGAGAAGCAACCUACGAGAAAUACCAAUCAUGCCUCGACGAACUGGAAAUGACCACUUCUCACCUCGAUUCCCUUUUACGUGAUAGCUCUUCGACUCUCGACCUUCUCUCAAGCUUGUCCCGGUCUUUUAAAGCCGUAGAGACCCAGACGACCAUUUUCCAGCAGCAAUGCGAAGGAUUAUUGUCCGCUGAGGCCCGGAGCUCGAAGCUCGCUGACGACAUACAAGAGAAUUUGCAGUUUUAUGACUACUUGGAUCCUGCAUCCAGAAGGCUCAAUGCACCCGGAGCCGGCAAUUCGGUCCGCAGGAAAGACUUCUCUGAUAUGUUGCGCCGGCUGGAUGAAUGUCUCGACUACAUGCAAGCACAUCCCGAGCAAAAGGAAGCAGAGACGUACAGAGCACGCUAUCGCCUACUCUUGACUCGUGCUUUGACAUUGAUCCGGGGCCAAUUCGUUUCUACACUACGGGAGAUAUCGUCAGGAGUAUCGAAACGUAUCGCAGAUCGGCAACUUAAUGAUACGACAAUGUCUGCAUUGCUCUACGCAAAAUUUCGCGUAGGAGCAGCUGAGAUGAAAGACAUCGGGUUGGAAAUCCAAAAGAGAGCUGUUCCGCCGUUGGACCCGAAGCAAGGGGCAGAGGCUGAAUAUCAGAGCUUACUCAAUGAACUUCACACUAAUUUUUCAGCCACCCGUGGAAAGCUGAUUAUUCCGCUCGUUCGGAAGAGGCUGAAUGACAUCGCAAAUGCACCCAGUACCUCGAAGGACCUUGUUGCCUUUGCUCGGGGAAGUAUCAGCUAUGUUCGAGGAAUCUGUUUAGAUGAAUUCGACUUGUGGGGUCAGUGGUUCCACGGGCAACAAGGCCUCUAUGAUUUCUUAGAGUCUGUAUGCGAACCGUUGUACGAUCAUCUGAGGCCUAGAAUUAUCCACGAAACCAAAUUGGUGAAAUUAUGCCAGCUAUGCACGCUUCUCCAAACUCGAUAUCUGAUGGACCCAGAGGAGGAAGCCGAGUAUCCGAAUCCAAACCAGCUCGACUUUUCUGCCUUGAUUCAACCUGCUCUCGAAGAUACACAGACUCGCCUGGUCUUUAGAGCGCAGGCCAUUCUCCGAGAUGAGAUCGAGAAAUUCAAACCUAAACCCGAGGAUCUCGAUUAUCCAGCCCGAAAUACACGAGUAUCUCUCCCAGGAAAAGAGAAUAAACAACCUGUUGUCUCAGGCAAAAAGCAAUCACACCGAGAACCUGUUUCGCCCGUCCCAAAACUGCCAGUGAUCGUUGACGAGGAACUUGAUUCUCCAGGCGAGAAAGACCCUAGAUGGGAUUUUGAAUCCAGAUCAGUAUUUGAAGGCUGGUACCCUACUUUGAGGAAAGCUGUUUGGCUUUUGAGCCGCAUAUACCGGCUCGUUAAUCAACAAAUCGUUGCUUUCGACAUUGAAUUCGUCUCACCAGAAGUAACCUUUGACUUCUCCGGCGUCACCAACACAUUCUGGGAACUCCGCGAACGCGGCGGGCUCUUCAACCCCCGUAAUCUCGUCCACUUACUCGGCAACGGGCUCCUCCCGCGCGUCGUGGAGAAUAUGCUCGACGCCAAAGUCGAAUUGGACGGCAGACUGCGGACCGUGAUCAACGAUUUCACAAACUCGUUUGCAGCAAGGAUGACUGCGCCGUUGCCCUCGACCGUGACGGCGGCGUCUAUGCCUCAGGCCCGUGCUGCGGUUGGCAACGCGCGUCAGGUUAUUCAGAAGGAGGUCCCCGAGCUACGCAGGCUACUAGGAAAUUAUAUUACUGAUACUAGAACAAGAGAAACUCUUGUUGCUGCGGUGCAGGAUAAUGUUAUUCAGCUGUACGAGGAUUUCUUCCAGGUGUAUACUUCUGCAGAGUCGGCUGGUGAUCGAGUCGUUGGGAGAAGCAAUGGGAAGGGACGGGCGGAUGAGGUAUGGGACGUCGAGACGUUUACGGAUUGGAGUGAGGGUGUUUUCUCUGUGGGGAUUCCAAAGUUGGAAGACCCGGAUGAGGAGGUUGAAGAUAUGAGCAGUGAUAGGAGUGUAUAA